AAAAGUUUACAUGUUUUUUCUAUUACAUAAAAUUUCAUUAGAGAACAAAGCUGGAAAAGAAUAAAAUAAAAGAAGUUGAAGAGAAGAAAAAAGAAACAGCCUCAACUCAACUGAACACAAGCGUAAAUUUCAAUGGCGGAAAGGGAUCGCAAGCCCAAUGACUCGAUUUCAGCCCAAGAAGAGGUUCUACAAUCUCCACCACCAUAUACUACAGAAUCAAAAAAGGGUUUCAUGGACAUAGACACCUCAGAGACAAUGCAGGAAGCAUAUGAUAGAGGAGUGAGCAAAAUAGGGUCAAGUCCACCAAGCUGUGAGCACAAGUGCUAUGGUUGUGUUCCAUGUGAAGCCAUUCAAGUUCCCAGCACCAGCACCAGGCGCAGCCAUUUGGGUAUCCAGUAUGCAAAUUAUGAGCCUGAGAGCUGGAAGUGCAAGUGUGGUCCCUCCUUCUAUAGCCCGUGAACACUGUUCAUAUCUGCUAAAUAUUGUUGAUAUAAUGUAAUGACAUGAUAUCACCUCUCAAGUUCAUACAUAAUAUCCCAUUGUAGUUUGUGGAAACGUGCCCUCUUAUUAACAUAGUUUGUCAAAUCAACACUAUCUUUACAACCACUGUCAAGCAGAUAAAUCUCAGGCUAAUCUUGAAAUAUUAAAACGCAAACGCUCUAUAUGAAUAGAUGCAUUUGAUAAGGUUAGCUGGAUUUUGACAUCAGAACCUUUUGAAAACUCAACAAGACAAAAACAGAAACAAAAAGAAAAAAAGAAGCAAACAGAUUCCAUCCAAAAGCAUAGUUGCAAGGUCUGACCCAUACAUUUUCAUGGCCUCAACCGAUUUAUCUUCAUUUUAGGAAAUGUUUAUAGGGGUUAUAGGUUUGCAGUCCCAAUCUUUGCACUCUUCAGUCCUCUCCCUGGCAAUCAGCUAUCUCAUAUCACUGACUUACCAGCGUAGGUGCAAGCUUAAACAAAAUAAGUGGACCAAACAUAAAUGGAGAUUGAAAGAGAUAAUGUGAUUCAGAUUAGGCUUGAUGUCACAUCCAUACUCCGUUUUUCUGAGCACCCAUUUCACAUUUUUUGACUGCACUGGAAUUUAUGUUGUACAA